GGCAGCGCAUAGAGACCAAUGUUAUUAGCCCAACUUCCCUUGAGGUGCAUGAAGCUCUUACAAUUGGAACUGAGCGUUUCUCCUGCUUCUCUUUUCAAGUUAUUUAGACGGAGCCAAAGUGGGAAGAACGGAAGGCAUUGAUAACAGAGUAUCCACUGGAAACGAGUACCCGAAGUCGACACUUACCCGAUAGAUCCACAUCAAGUAUCCGGGCCUUUUCCAGUGCUGUGGGGCAUCCUGCUUGGUGGGCCAUGGCGAAUCAAUUCCACCUUGUAACGCCACUGCUGGAAAGUGUCAGCAUGUCAAAACUUGUGGGUGCAACAGUCUACUUAAAGAUGGAGAAUUCACAGCCAUCUGGCUCCUUCAAAAUCCGUGGUAUUGGACACCUCUGCCAGCAGCUUGCGAAACAGUCCAAAGGAGUUGUCUGUUCUUCAGGUGGUAACGCAGGUAUGGCUGCUGCCUACGUGGCCCGAAAAAUGGGUAUACCAGCCACCAUCGUGCUUCCUACUUCUUCUUCCAAUUUGGUUGUUCAAAGAGUCGAGGAUCAGGGUGCUAAAGUUAAGAUUACAGGCAAGGUUUGGGAUGAUGCCAAUACAGAGGCAAUAAGGCUGGCUCAAACUGAAGAACUAACUUAUAUUCCUCCAUUUGAUCACCCUCUACUCUGGCAGGGUCAUGCCAGUUUGAUCGCAGAGGUUGCAGCCUCUCUUGGUCAGGGUGUGAAACCUGGAGCUGUGAUUUUAUCUGUUGGAGGAGGGGGCCUUCUCUGUGGAGUGAUUCAGGGCCUGAAAGAUGUAGGCUGGACAGACGUACCAAUCAUUGCCAUGGAAACUGUGGGGGCCGACUGUUUCAAUGCUGCUGUUAAGGCGGGGAGGGUCGUCACCCUGGAUGAUAUCACUAGUGAAGCUAAAUGUCUUGGAGCAAGAACUGUUUGCGAGAAGGCUUUUGAAUACAGCCAAUGCAGUGACUUAACAAUCAUAUCUGAGCUUGUGACUGACCAGCAGACUCUGCAGGCUGUUGAAACAUUCCUGGAUGAGGAGCGCGUGUUGGUGGAGAUGGCCUGUGGAGCAGCACUGGCUGCUGUCUACAGGGGACUUAUAAAAAGACUGCAGGAUGAAGGUCGCCUGCCAGCUCUUUUGGGCCCCCUGGUGGUGAUUGUGUGUGGUGGCAGCAGUAUCGACAUGAAAGAACUGACCCGCCUGAAACUCAAACUUCAGACUUAAACUACUGUAUUCAUGCCACUGUAUGACUGAUUUGUGGUUGCUAUUUUUGAAUAAAUAAUGUUUUUUUAAUUUUGUA